AGGUUGUGUUGAUUACAUAAUCCGCCAUUGCAUUGGUGUGGUGGCGGGGCGAAGUUGUUUGGAAGCAAUUUCUAUCGAAAUUCCACCUACCUACUUCACCCAAACAUGGAAUUGAGCAAGAUAGCCAACAAUUUAGUUAAGUGUGUGGCAACAGGGCAAUUAGUGAAAGUUGAAAGUCUCUGGGAAAAGCAGACCACUGUGGUUGCCUUUCUGCGAAGGUUCGGAUGACAGUUGUGCCGGCUGUGGGCUACGGAACUUAGUUCUUUGAAGCCCCAGCUGGAAGCACACAAUGUCAAACUCUGCGCCGUUGGUCUGGAAGAGCUCGGACUUACUGAGUUUCAAGAAGGGAAUUUCUUCAAUGGAGAACUUUUUAUUGAUACUGAAAAGAAAUGCUACAAAGACUUGGGCUUCAAGAAGUACAAUGCCCUGAGUGUAUUUGGAGGUCUAAUGGCAAAAGUAACUAGAGAUGCUUUAUCAAAGAGCAAUGCAAAGGGUAUCAAGGGGAACAUGAAAGGGGAUGGAAUGCAAACUGGUGGCAUGCUGAUUGUAACCCAGGGAGGAGAUAAAAUCUUACUGUCCCAUCAGCAGUCUUCCCCUGGUGACCAUGUGGCCAAUGCUACCAUUUUAAAUGCACUUGGCAUAAGCGAGGCAAGUGGUGGAGCAGGGCCUUCAGCCCAACCUGCAAUGGAGUGUUCAGAGGAUGCAUGCUCGCUACCAACAGAUAGUAAACCAAAGAUGGAAUGCAAUGAAGAUGCUUGCUCUAUGCCAAAUAACUAGGGUUAUAAUGUAUGAAAAAAAGCUUUCACCACCAAUGUUUGUGUGUAGAUCAUUUUUAAAGGUGGUGAAUUCAUAGCAAGCUGAACUUCCUCAGUCUAACAAAUUUCUUAAAGCUGUACAGUAAUCUUGUACAUAUCACCUGUUAACCACAGGGCCACAGCAGGGGGAGGCACACCACCUCUCCCUAAUGAGUCUGAAACUAUAUAAUGUUAGUCAACACAGUUGCUCCCCCUCUAUGUGUAUUCAAGACACAAUGUUCCAGCACUGUAACAUCCAUGCCUUUUAUCUGUAACCCUCUUUGGACAACUAUCCCAUACAUAUACUGCUCAUUCAUACUAUUAAACAGGACGGUAGAUUCUUCUGAGAUCGCAUGAUAACCAAAGUAGUAUGUAGGAAUAUAACAUAUACAGAACCACACGAAGAUAGUGAUUUAAUGCUAAGGUACUUUUUCUUAUAAGCUUAUGAUGCCAGUGCAGAAAGCCUACUUGGUAAAGCACAGGUUGAUGAGGGAGUUUCUCAGAAUUUGAGACCUGCUUACGGAAUUGUAUCAAUAUAGGUCAUUAUCUGAAUAAAGUGGUUUUGUGUCAAUAAAA